AUGGAAAACGAAGCACAACUUCGCAUCGACGAAGGCCUCGAGCAAGGCGAUAACAGUGUGAACGAUAGCCAAACUGGCGAUCCUAGCAUAAAGGAAGCCCUGUUCAAUAUAAACGACAGCAUGGGGAAAAUGGCAGGACUCUUAGAGAUUUUAUACAAUCGACCGCGUAGCGAGGAUUGUGAUCGCCCACCGGGCAGUAAGCGGCGUAGACGUAGCCGUAGUCCAGAUUCCCGCUCACCUGACGAGGAUGAACCUCGCGGGAAAAGACGCUGCAACAGCGCUGAGGACGCCGAUAAUGAAGAUCGACUUAGCGUUGACGCUGUUAGCGAUAUUGACAGUGACAUACGAUUGCUUACAAGGGAAUCUGAUGCACAGCCACAGGUCAACGACCAUGGCAAUCUAGACGAAAAUUUACUUAAGGAACUAGAUGAAUCAUUAGAUCAAAAGGAAGCUAUCGGGCCACCGGUCCAAAAGCAAUUGGCGGAAAUUGUCAAUAAACGUUGGGGACAAAGCCUCACCCCAGAGCGAGUGAAGAUGCUCAACGAGCGAUAUUCCACUCCAGCAAAUUGCACUAAUAUGACACCUAUAAGGGUAAAUUCAGAAAUAUGGAAACAACUUACAUCCGCUAAGCGGAAAACCGACCUACAACUAUCGAACUUACAAGAAACUGUUCGGAGGGUCGCGACUGCCAUCCUGCAAACUGCAGACGAAUUACUUCCCCAAACUAAGGAUGAUGUCGCCAAGAAUCUGGCUGCUCGCUCAAUAGAUUCUGUAGCGAUGCUUGGACAUAUGAGUCAUACGAUAUCUCAAUUACGCAGAGAGCAAAUACGCCCAGCUUUGAAACAAGAGUAUGCUUCUAUCUGCACAGCAGACCCUACAAACGCCCCUUUGCUAUUUGGGGAUGAUCUAGUUAAACAGUUGAAAGAGGCGAAAGAGACUAGCAGCAUUACUCAAAACUUGGCAAAUGACGCUAUGAAGAAAAAUUAUGUUAAGGGGGGGGCGAAACCAAUACACUGCUGGCCGCCCAUUUCAAUCAACUAG